AUGAAUAAAAACUGGAAUGACAGGGCGGACAAGGAUCUGUUCUUUACCAUCCUGUCUGUGAAGAACAUCGGCGUCAUCAGCGGUUCAGAAUGGACUACCAUCGGCAACCACAUGCGCACUUUGGGUUACGGCUUUACCAAUGAGGGCUGUAGACAACACUUCCAGGGCCUUCGUCGUGCCCAGCACAAGGCUGAGACGAAUGGAGGCAGCCCUGACAACCCUCGCAAGGUUGAUCCGACGACGAAUCCAAUCACUCGUCGUCCGGGCCCGGGUCGUGGAAGGCCCAAGAAGCAGCCUCAGCAACCCGCGCCGAUGCCGAUCACAGCUUUGUCAGACCAGCCCGGCGAGCCGAGUCAGCCUGACCAACUUGGCCAACUUGACCAACUUGGACCCGAUCAAGAACUUGAAGCUGGUCAACCCCAACCUGUCGUUCAGCCCGACCUUCAACCCGAUAUCCUGCCCGAUCUUGAGCACAACCACCAGCCCGAUCUUCAGCUCACCCACCAGCCCGAUCUUCAGCUCGACCACCAGCCCGAGCACCAGCCAAGUCACGAGGAUUCCAUUCAAGAUGACCAGACCCAAAUGCAAACGCCCAUGAUGCCCGACGGUCUCCUAUCUGAGUCUCUAGAUAUUUCCAUCAAAGACGACACUCUCGAUAUGUCUUUGAAGGAACACAAUGAUGACGAACAAGACGGCCCCGAUGCUAAAAGAAUCAAGCUCGACAACUCUGCUCAAGACCCAUCCCUUGUUGACGACGAAGCUGUGUUAGCUUUGGCCGCCCACAGCGACGCCCCUUCUGUUGAUGGCUACGCUUCCGAAUACCCCACAGCCGGUUUGACCGGGUCAGACCCGCACACUUCCUACUAUGGUCCUGAGACGUAG